AAGAAAUGACUCCGCUUCAAAAUGAUAUCUUAACUAUUUGUGAUUUCCAACAGGUAUGCAGGCUAAUUCUGAGUUCCAUGACAUCAUUUGUCAGCAGUGACUUCACCAUGGCUUUGUUGAAAUAUCGCGAGAUAAGGAGUUGGUUUCUGCAUGGGUUCCAACAGGUGGGCAGUAAUUGGCUGGAGCGCGCUAUAUGAAUGCCGGUUUCUCGACAAGGUGUAGUUUUGGCUGAUGAACAGAUUUUGAACCUUUUCUUAAGCAGGUAAAGUGUUCAAAACAGCUAAAGUUUCACAUGUUCAAUCACUGAACCGUUUUGGCUCCACAACGUGUGCGAAAAAUGCCAAAGAAUAACAAUUUGAAAGUUCCUAGCGCAGUCGCCCGACUGGCCCAGCUGCCUGUGGUUCGCUCAGCUUGUGCCACACUGUCGGGGCUGUACAACGAUGCUAAAAGCAGCAGCUGCAACCUGAAGUCGAUGUGUGAGGCGAUGGAGAGCAGAGCCACGGCCCUCAGCUCCACCGUGGCGCCCGUCAUUUUAAAGUUCGAGCCUCAAAUUUCCAUUGCAAACGAAGUUGCGUGUAAAAGUUUAGACUGGCUGGAGACCUCAUUCCCUGUGAUUUUAUCCCCCACGGAUCAGGUUGUUGCAACUGCUAAGAACAAAAUGCAGGAGAUUCAGGAUGUGGUGAGUAUUACGGCCAAAGGAACCAUGGGGUGUGUGCAGUACACCGUCACGUGGGCGAUGAGCCAGAUCCUUCCAGCUGAUGGAGCUGACCAGUCUCUGGUGGAGAGAGUGGUCAGUGUGGCCGGUGUAAGUCUGGACUCUGUGCUGAGUCUGUCCGAAGCUUUUAUGGAUCAGGUGCUUCCCCCCUCUGAUAAAGAUGAAGACGAAGCCCACUCGGUCAAGGGUUUUGAGAGUGCGACUCACAAGGGACGAUACCCCGAGCGCAUCAUUUCCCUCACUACUAAUCUGUUUAAGAGGACCUACCACUUGGCUGGCUGCAGGGCCCAGACUGUCCAGCUGACUCAACAGGUGUUGGAGACCGUGUCCAGAUCGACCUCCCUGGUCCAGUGCAGCUGGAUGAGCCUGGUCUGCAGCCUCCAGGGACUGCCUCAGUACUUCCAGUAUCAGGCCGUGUCCGCGUUUUUCUUCGUAGCUCAGAUGUACAACGUGAGCAGUCUGCCAUCCAAACAGAUCCAAUACAAGAAGCGUCCUGGCAAUGUGGCCCAGGCUUACCUGGAUCAGGUCCAACCACAGACACCGGCCUUCAGAAUGAGGCCCACCAGGACAUUUGCGUUGGACAAUGGCUGUAAUGUUAAGGGAUGUGUGCGCCGGUAG